AAAAUUGUGACAAUUGACUAGCAUACAAUAAUUCAGUGUGAAAUACUUUUUAUAGUCAUGAAGGAAACUUCACAAGACCAUGCUAUUGAAUGUGGUGAUGAAGAGGGCCAGAAUUUGCCAGUGGAGCUGAACAGUGAAUCUUCACAAGACAAAUCUAACGAGAAUGACAUUGAAGGGGACCAGAAAUUGCCAGUGGAGCUUAAUCAUGAAACUUCAGAGGACAAUACUAAAGAGGACGACGACGAAGGGGGCCAGAAAUUGCCAGUAGAGCUUAAUCAAGAAGUACAGUUCAAGAUUGGCAGCUACAUUGAGGUAGAGUAUGAGCUGAACAGAGGAAGAAAGAAGGAAUGUAAAAAAUAUGUUGGAGAAAUUAUUGAUGCGGUCAAUGAUGAACCAUAUGUUAGCUUUGUGGAUAACUGAACUGUAAGAAACAUUAAGAAGAAAAGACUGACUCAUAGAAGAUAAAAGCCUUAGUGGCACCAUCACAAAUUGUGAGACAUUUGAAUAUUCCAGAAGAAAUUAUUCAAGGACGUGCAGAAAUGUUGAAUAUUCCAGAAGAAAUUAUUCAAGGACGUGCAGAAAUGUUGUAUUUUAAAGAUUACCCUGUUUAGAGUUAAAAAUAGAAAAACCUUUCAGCAAAUUCCCAUUAUCAGCCAGACCGAUCUUUAACAACCUUGAUCUGUAGCGUCAUUAUAAUGGUUCCACUUGGUCUCUGUUAAGGGUUACUAGAGAUAGAUUGUGGGGGGUGGGGGAGGAACUUCUUAGAAUUGCCCUUGUCCGUCAGUCCAACCAAGAUUGUGUCGUUUCCUCAAAUACUAUUUGACCCAGAGUUAUCAAACCUCACAGGAUUGUAAUUCAGCACGGGAAGUUGUGCCCCAAGGUUUCACACAGCCAGACCAGAGUUAUUACCCUUGACUUAGUAAAACAUAUGCAUAAAAAGGGCCAAAGUUUCAGCCGCAUGUUUCUCUAGAAGAAUAUGAAACAUCACAGGAAAAUUACUCAGCAUGUGAUAAUGUGAACCUAGAGUUUUUGAUAGGAGAUAUCACUUAUCCAGACUAGAGUUAUUGCCCUUGAUUUAGUCAAAACAUGUAUAAAGAGACUAAAAUAUUACUGAGCAUGUAAACCUGUGACUUUGUUCAGUCUGUCAAUCUGCUCAUAGUUAUGGUCCUUGAUAAAAAAUACAUAAAUGGGAUACAAGAUUGUGUCGAAUGUAUCUCAAAAUGUAUUUAACUUAAAGGCAUAAAACAUUAGGGGAUUGUUAGAAAGCACAGUUGCGCACCUGGCGUUGGCUUCGAGUUUUCUCUCAGCCAGACUGGAGUUACGGUCUGUGUCUAAGUGAUAGGUAAUAAAUGUGUGUCCUAUAGACAAGCAUAUAGUUAAAAUAAUUUCUUUUCAUGAUGUAGUGAUUACAUAUUUUUAAGUUGUCACAACAAACUUUAGAGAAAAAACUGUAAUUAAGGUACAUUUUAAUGAACUGUUUAAAUCUUUACCAAACUUGGUCAGAAGAAAGUUCAGAUGGUCAAGAUCCUCUUAAGGCAAAGGACUUGUUUGUAUACUGUUGCAUCUCAAACUUGUUUCAUAUGUUUUUAUUUGCAUUGAACUAAGAUGUAUAUAUUGUUAAAUAUA